AUGGUGGGUCGGAGGGCCCUGAGCUGACCACUUAGCCUCCUGCAGCGGGCAUCCCUCUGCCUGUUGCAUCCAGGGACCUCAGGGCAGCCCCAGGCGACCCCAGGACUACCAGAGGAGGCCCCCUCCACCCAAGGAGGGCAGGGAGGCUCCGUGGAGCUGGCCUGUGGCUCCCGGCCUGCCCCCCUAGCGGUCUUCUGGAGCUUCGCCCCGGGCCCACUGAUUCCGCAGCUCGUGGCCGUCACCAGCAGAGCGGAGUCUAAGGUGGAGGCCAGGGCAUUGGCUCUGGGGGUCGUGAGUCUACGGAACAGAAGCCUGGGGCUGGGGGAGCGGAAGGGGGCCCGCGGCCACCUCCUGUGCCAGGCCCUACACGAGGCCGGAGGCCAGCUCCACACCACCUACCCCUCCCUUGCUCUGGCCGUGCCUGCUGAGGGGCUUGUGUCCGUAUCAAAGCCUCAGGUGCAGCUGAGCGACCUGUCCCCAGUGGAGGGGACCUCCGUGGUGGCCACAUGUGCAGUGUGGGAGGUCACAGAGCCCGUGGCCUUUGCCUGGUAGCAUCAGGCACGAGGCCCUGGAGAGGCCCUGGUAGGGGUCACGAAGCAUCUGAUCCAGCUGGACCCCGUCAGUCGGACACACCUGGGCUGGUACAUGUGCCCUGCCCACAACACCGUCAACUGGCUGAGCAGUGAUGGAGCCUUCCUGGAUAUCAUCUAUUUGGAAAUUUUCACACCUCUGUGGCACACGUCUACCUAUUGGACAGUGCUGGAGCAGAAGGAAGCAGGCAAUGUCGCCUGGAGGCACGCAGCCACCCAGCUCCCCAGCAGCAGGGUCCUCACCUGCACGAGCCGGCACCCAGCCCCGGCUCUGCCUGCCCCCUGCGGAUCACGCCGUUCUGGGCUUAGAGCCCUGCGACACCCUCCUUACUGUCUCCCAGCCUCCAGGGAGGCGCUCAUCGACCUGACCCUCUACUUCUACCACUCUAUUAUUGCACGGCAGCCCCUCUGGAGCCCCACUUGCUGGACCAUGGCCACAAUCAGAGGCCAGUUCAUCAUGCUGAGCUGUGAGUGGCCUGGAGCUCCCUGCUGUGCCGAGCUGGUCUGAUGGACGGCAGCCGACCUCGGCACCAGCAGCCGCUCCUCGCUGGCCGUCCACCUCCUCCAGGCCCAGGACGACCUGGCUGGAAGAGAAUUCACGUGCCUGGGCACUCACCCACUCAGGGUCCCCAACGCCCUCGGCCGGCUCCAGCUAGCCCCACAGCUGGCAGUGGCUGAGCCCUGGGUGUCAGUGCUGGAGGGGGGAGACGCCUGGCUGGGAUGUGCCCUCCUCGGGGGCACGCCACCUGCCCAGCUCCUCUGGCUGGGAUCCCAGCAACGGCAGGUGGAGCCAGGCACUUCGGGGUUCAUGCUGCACCCUGAGGGUGCCCAGCUGUGCCUGAGUGUCCGGGGUGCGCACCCAGCACGCCACAGUGGCACCUGCCAGUGCAAGGCCCGAAAUGCCUUGGGCAACAGCAGUCGGAGCAUCCUGCUGUAGGUGCUGAGUGACUACCCCCAACGUCACCUCACCGCCAGCCGCCUGACCUACGGGAGACGCCAGAGCGAGGUGCAGCUGCCAUGGGCCGUCCGAGGCCCAGGGGCACGCAGAGCAUCUCUUCCUGGGGCUUGGGAGACCGCAGCUGGUGACAUCGAGCCGGAGAGCAGUGGCCGGCGGCCGGGGGGCUUGGACCCGGAGGUCCUCUAUGCCUUCCACGUCCUGGCUCUGAAUCACCGCACAGCUGGAUACCCCUCUGAGGUGAAGACACCAGGUGCCCGGACCACCCCCUUCAGUGCCUAUCCUGCAGUGCUGGAUGCGGCAGGAACAGGAAUGGUAGUGGCAACGGUGACCUCUCUGCUGGUGUUCCAGUAUGCUGCCCGGCACCUGGACGCCUUCCCCUGCACUGAAUCACCACCCACCACCCCAGGUUCGCAUCCUGCACAAGAAUCCCCGGGGGCUCCAGUAAACGUCACCAUCACAGUGACUGCCAAACCAUGA